AUGCCAGAAACGAUCAGCGUGGGAAGAUAUCUCUUCGAAAGACUCCACCAAGCGCCCAUAGGACUCAAUUCCAUCUUUGGGGUUCCUGGUGACUUUAACUUGACAUUGCUCGAUAAGAUCGAUGAAGUUGACGGACUUCAGUGGAGAGGCAACGCCAACGAAUUGAAUGCCGCAUAUGCUGCUGAUGGGUACAGUCGUAUCAAGAGUGCCAUGGGAGAUGGUUCCGGUGGGCUCGCGGCACUUGUGACAACUUUUGGUGUGGGUGAACUUUCUGCUCUCAACGGGGUGGCGGGUGCGUAUGCUGAGCAUGUUGGAUUGGUCCAUAUUGUUGGAAUUCCCUCAAUUGCGUCUCAGCAGAAGCAAUUGUUGCUCCACCAUACGUUGGGGAACGGAAAUUUCGAUGUGUUUAGACAUAUGUCUGCUCAUAUUACUCAGACCACUGGGAUUCUUCAUGAUGAAUCGCAAGCAACUGCUGAGAUCGACCGUUGUAUCAGAGAGGCAUAUGUGAACCAGCGUCCCACCUACUUGGCAUUCCCAACCAAUAUGGUUGACGUUCAGAUUCCAAUUGAGUCGUUGGACAAACCUCUUGACUUGUCGUUGCCCAAGAAUGAUGAGGGUUCAGAAGCCGAGGUUAUCGAGAGAGUUUUGGAUAUGAUAUCCAAUGCCAAAGACCCAGUUAUCUUGGUGGAUGCUUGUGCUGCUAGACACGAUUGCACUCGUGAAGCCAAACAGCUCAUUGAGUUGACCAAAUUCAAGUUUGCUCUUACACCAAUGGCCAAGGGCUCACGCCAUAUCCACGAAGACGACGACAGAUUUGUGGGAACUUAUGUUGGAACGUUGUCUUACCCUCAAACCAAAGAGGCGGUCGAAAGCUCAGACUUGGUAUUGUCAUUGGGCGCUAUGCUCAGUGACUUCAACACUGGUUCCUUCUCUUACUCAUAUCAAACCAGCAAUGUGGUUGAGUUCCACUCCGACUAUACAAAAAUCAAGAAGGCUCAAUACCCCAAUGUCAGAAUGAAAGAGGUUUUGAACAAGAUUUUGAAGAGCUCUCAACUCAAAGAAGCCAUCAAGAACUAUAAACCUGCUGAAAUUAAAAAGGACCCUUUCCCCAAGGAAGAUGUGGAACCAGCCUCCAAACUUACCCAGCACUACUUGUGGUCUGCUCUUUCUACCUGGUUGCGUGAUGGUGAUACCAUUAUCACUGAGACUGGAACUUCGUCGUUCGGUAUCAUCCAAACCAAAUUUCCAAGAAAUGCCGUGGGUAUUUCUCAGGUGCUUUGGGGCUCGAUUGGUUACUCUGUUGGUGCUGCUUGUGGUGCUGUAAUGGCUGCUGAGGAGUUCGAUCCAAAGAAUAGAGUUAUCUUGUUUGUUGGAGACGGUUCUUUGCAAUUGACUGUUCAAGAGUUAUCGUCUAUGAUUCGCUACAAGAACAAGCCAUACAUCUUCAUUUUGAACAAUUCAGGCUAUACUAUUGAGAAACUCAUUCACGGCGAAACCGCAGAAUACAACAAUAUUCAGCCUUGGAAACACCAGAAACUCUUGGAGACUUUUGGAGGAGAGGAUAUUGAGAAUGUUCGUAUCAAUACCAUCAAAGAUUUGAACAACAUUUUUUCAAGCCCCGAGUUCGCCAAGAAUGAUAAGAUCAGAGUUAUCGAAUUAAUGCUUGAUGUGAUGGAUCUGCCUGAAAAUUUGGUCCAACAGGCAGAAUUACUGGCCAAAACUAACUCGGGUUAA